AUGGCUCCAAAGACAUUCAUCCAGAGAUCCACAAUACUGCCGGUCUUUCCUCUGGAGCUCUGGGAUAUCAUCAUUGAAUAUCUACACGAUGAAGAAUCUGCCCAACAUCUGAGCCGACUUGCUCAAUCGUGUGCUACUCUUUAUGAAAGAAUUAACUCUAAACUCUACAACCGUGUCCGCCUGUUCAAUUCAGAAAGCGGUGCUCGUCUUGCUCUCACCAUAGAGAAGCGUCCGGAGUUAGCACCACUUAUCCGUGAGAUUCGACACAAGCAGGAUGCUGGGUCAGAAUUCUGGUCCUACCGUCAUUUCAAAUUCUAUAAAUCGGCUGUGACUUUGCCGAAUCUGGAGAGCUUGAGUUUAAGAAGAAACCCCAGGCCCUUUGAUUCUGCUCGGUGGGCCAGUACGUAUGCUAGAGAUGACGCUAUGUUGGAAUGGGUGAGAAAGAUUGCCUCUGGAUCAGGGACCGUUAAAGAGUACCGAGAGCUGGGAUUUGGACCUUUAGGAGAAUCAUCCUUCAGUCCUCCAGAUCGCAAGCUUGGUUACAUGCAAGACGGCGCGGUCGAAACUUUGUUCGUGCACGCGUCUCUUCCAGACCCGCCGGGGCUGCCCGCUCUGCGUGUUUGUCACAUCGGAAGCGACUAUAAUCAUGACGAGCACAAUCCCAAGAUGGACGGCAGAUGUCUACCAGUUUUCGACGAUGCACUAUUCAGUCAUCCAGGUUUACGAAAACUCUGUGUCACUGGCGCUACAUUCCAACUCUCCCAGUCUAUCUUCCCAUUAAUAGGCGAGUCGUCGCCUCUGGAGGAAUUGACCCUUUUGAACUGCAUCAUACACCCGUCGGACCUCCAGACAGCACUCGAGUAUCCAAAGGCUUUGAAGCGGUUCACCUUCAGAGGUCCUAGGUCAGAGGACAUGGUAGGCUCUGACGGAGAACCCCUAUCUUACGUUGAAUCGACGCUCGGACAUGAAAAUUCCCUGGAAUACAUGGAUUACGAUCUUUACUGGGGCGGUGAUGAGGAGACAGAUUUCGGUGAACUAGUCCACCUCAAGCAUCUCACAACAACUCUUGCCACACUUACAGGGGCGGAAUGCUUAGAACUGGAUCCGGCUGAUGAUAUCCUGCCACCGAAUCUCGAGAGUCUUACUAUACGAUACGAUGAAGUGAAGUCAUGGCUUCCUUCGGCUAUCUACGAGAUGGUGAAAGAUAAAAAACUCGCAAAGCUGCGUCGCUUUACCUGCGAGGAGGGCAACACGUGGAAAAGCAAGUUUGCGGAGCUGAAUGUGGAGCUGUCCAUGGUCUCCGUUCCUUGCCCGCUUGAGUUGCCUAAAUACGACCUGUGUUCUUGCGAAUGCCUGUCCUUUUACCACCGGAUGUUCUACCAUCCGCGCAAACCACUGGCAACUCCUUGGGAGGAAAACGACUUGGAGGGGGACGUGUUCUUUGAUGACUGGGCAGAUGUUGAUGAUGAGAUUGAUCUUGAUGACCUUAUAGAUGACCUUGCGGAGGAGUCUGGAUCUGAUGUCUCGGGUUAA